AUAAAGUUUAAAAUGCAAUGGUCGAGCGACGAGUGACGUGUUAUUUAAAAGUUUAUUUACUAGCUGAAACAUUUAAAAGACACAGAUAAAGGUCUUUUGUCAAGUUUCUUUCGUAAGGUCUAGUUUUAAGGGGCCUACAUGUGUCCAUUAUGGUAGACCAGUUAUCUGCAGAAAUAAAGAAAGAUUUUAAGGAAACCUUUAACCUUUUUGACAAGGAUGGGGAUGGUACUAUUUCCACCAGCGAACUAGCGGUAGUGAUGAGGUCUCUAGGACAGAAUCCCUCAGAUGAUGACAUAGAAAAUAUGCUCAGGGGUGUGGAUGAGGAUGGAAAUGGUUCAAUUGACUUCGAAGAAUUCGUUCUGAUGAUGGCGAGAAAACUGGAGAAAUCGAAUACAGAGGAUGAAAUACGCGAAGCAUUUACGCUCUUCGAUAAGGAUUGCAACGGUUAUAUCACCGUGUCAGAAUUAAGAAACAUUUUAACAGAAACAGGACAAAAAAUACGACCCGAAGAGGCGGAUGAAUUAAUUAAAUCAAUCGACAAGGAUGGUGAUGGAAAGGUGGACUACGAAGAGUUUUGCAGAAUGAUGUCCGGGAAGUGAUUUUUACGUGAAGAACACGAGUUACAGAAAAGAACUCUAAUUUUUUUUUUAUUGUGAUAUAAAAACCUUUCAAACUUCAAGUAUCAGUAUCGUUUCCCAUAAGGAUAACUCACUAACAUCAUUUAAAUAAUGAUGUUAAACAAUAUUAAGGAAUAUAAUAUCAGAUUUGUACGUAAUUUUUGUGAACAAGAAAAGGUUAUGAUGAAGA